AUGAUCCUUGGCACUCCCGAAGACCACCUGAAAGAACGAAGCUCCAUGAGGACUCCGUCAGGAAUCAUGGGAGAUUCGACGAAUGUUUAUGCGUCAAGUUCAUAUUCGAGGCCGACUUCAAAAUCAGAUAGGAAACCACCCAGAGAUGUAUACGCUGAACACCAAGCUCCUCAGCUCAGUGAAGCCCAAAUUAUAGCUAACCUGGAAUAUGCUUUGGUGGGAGAAACAACCGAAUUGUUUUCUUAUACUGCAGAAGGAGUGAAAAUUCCAUCAAAUAUAGACCUGAAUAUUUCGCAACAUCUCCAUGACUUCAUCGAGCCAGCAUGUAUAUUCAGAGGUCUACGCCAGAUCAUCGAGAAUAAGUCGCAGAUGACCUCCAUGGUGAAACUUGGUCUUGUUUGUGCUAUUGAAAGGCAAUUAACAAGUUAUCAAGAAGCCAUCAAUGAGGAAUUUCAGAAUUUCGAAUUGCGACUAUGUGACCUAUAUGCGUUUCUACGCCCCAAGAUCGAUGCCUUGAGGUUCCUUUGGUUUCUCGCAUGCAAUUUGAACAUGGAUCCUGAUGCCUUGCUCUCUCUUGUGUACAAGUUUAUUGGUGGAGACAAAGCUCUGGAGCAACUGGCUUUGCAGAUUCUUCCAGAGAUGGCUCAGCCAUUUCACGAGCUGAUGUGCUCUUGGCUUCAGACUGGAUCGUUGCAGGUGGAUGCAGCAAUUGAGGAGGGCUUUUUUGUCAGCUCUAGCAGCACCAGUAGUCGGUCCAGAAAUGUCACUGCUGGAGAUGCUCAGUUUAUACCCGAAAAGGUUCCUGCGUUUUUGUCCCGGGAUAUUGCAAAGCAGAUUUAUGAGAUCGGAAAGACGCUAAAUUAUCUUCUGCUCACCUGUCAUCAGAAAUCUCAGGUUCACACGUUCUCUCAAGAGUUUCGCAAAUCUGGAUUGAACCAGUCCGUGAAUACUGUGUUCACUGAGAGCUUCCAACAUGAGAUCAGAAGACUGCACAAAAAAGUCAUGGCAUAUCUCAAUUAUAUUAUUCACAACAAUCUUGAUUUAGUGGGAGAGCUCCGCGUGCUUCGUGAUAUCAUGCUAAUGGGCAAAGGAGACUUCAUCGAGAACUUGGUAAUAGGAUCCAAUGAUAUCUUGUCGCGUCCUUCGUUUUCCAUUCAUCCCCAACAACUGAGUUCGUUAUUGCAAAACUCCAUGAGACAAACGAGUAUACGGGGGUUUUCAGAUUCGUACAAAAACCGCAUAGAUGCGAUCUUAUUUGACCAAGAAAACGGAAAGAUCGGCUGGGACCUUUAUACACUUGAUUUCAAGGUGAAAGAAGAGCUUGAUCUCGUGAUAUGCAUGGGUAAAAGAAGUGCCAAAGAGUAUCUGAGGAUGUUCAACUUCUUAUUACAACUUCAUCGUUGCUCGUACCAGCUCAGUACAUCUUUCCGGAAAUCUUCCUUAUGUCGGAAGCGGUUACCAAGAAGACUCUUGACUGACAUUCGGAGAAUCCAAAGGUCCCUGCGCAGUGAUCCAUUUUUUUCCAUGUCGAUUUUGGACAAACAGUGUAUCUGGAUAGUAGAGAACCUGAAGAAGUUUGAUGCGUCUCGCAAUUUGAUGCUAUCCUUGAUUGGCCAACUGUGUCUGUUUUUUGACGAGGAUAUCAUAACGCCAGGCUUUGACAAGCUGAUGAGAAAUUUGAAUGAUUCACAUUCUUUGCUGAAAGGCUCAGGGACCGAGAAGGCAUUACCACUGAGUCCACUCGCUCUUCAGAGGAUAGUUGCAAACCCACAGAACAUUGAAGAAGAGCAAUCAGACUACAACAUGCUCACUUUGGAUGAGCUCGGAACUCUUCACCAGACGUAUAUUACAUCGAUAUCACGACACACACUCCUUCAGCACACAAGCAAGUCUGCAGUGGGGAAAGUUUCCGGAGUCUUCUAUUUUCAACAUAUCCAAAACCUCAUUCAAAUAGUCUUACAGUUUUGUGAUCUGGACAAAGAAUUCUUCGACGGUAUCAGUGACUUGAUCUCAACGAUCCAACUCAGGACCGUGGGAACAAUCGACGAGUCGCUUUCGCUGUAUCAUUCAAACCUAGAAGAGGAUUUGGAGAAGAUCGCCAUUAGCCGUACCGAGCUGAGCACAGCCUUUGAACACACCAGAGGAGAGAUUGUGGAAGAUUUGAAGGCGGAUUCGGAUGUCAGGCUACAACUUUUGGGGUGCCGCUUAUGA